AUGUUAUAUUCUUCUUUUCUCUCAUUUUAUCUAUUUUUCUUCAUUGCUGAUCAUUUCUUCCUUGUUUAUUUUAUCAUUAGUAUUUGUUUCUUUUCAAUUUAUAAACAUUUCCUAAUUCUUCUUCAUCCUUUCUAUCUAUCUAUCUAUCUAUCUAUUUCAGCCUGUUCAUAUCUAUCUAUCUAUCUAUCUAUCUAUCUAUCUAUCUAUCUAUCUAUUUCAGCCUGUUCAUAUCUAUCUAUCUCAGCCUUUUCAUAUCUAUCUAUCUAUCUAUCUAUCUAUCUAUCUAUCUAUCUAUCUAUUUCAGCCUGUUCAUAUCUAUCUAUCUAUCUCAGCCUUUUCAUAUCUAUCUAUCUAUCUAUCUAUCUAUCUAUCUAUUUCAGCCUGAUCAUAUCUAUCUAUCUAUCUCAGUCUUUUAAUAUCUAUCUAUCUAUCUAUCUAUUUAUCUAUCUAUCUAUCUAUCUAUCUAUCUAUCUAUCUAUCUAUCUAUCUCAGCCUGUUCAUAUCUAUCUAUCUAUCUAUCUAUCUAUCUAUCUAUCUAUCUAUCUAUCUAUCCUCGGUUUGUUUCUAUGUAUGUAUUAUAAUUUCGGAUGGUUAUUAGUAAAGACAAGGCGUUGCCUUUUGAACAGCUGA